ACUGCAAGUGUCGCUCGGCAGACUACAACUCCCGGUAUUCCUUGGGAAAGUGGGCGGCAUUCCUCAGCAACAACUGCGCAUGCGCGUCCACCACCUCCGUGCCGUGGAGUGAGGCGAUCCGGUGGAGAUAAAAUGAUAAGACAUUUUAAGCUCGGAAGAACAAAGCUUUGUCGUCUUAUGCUGAUAUGACGUAUAAUGCUGACAUGAAGCAUGCGCACGUGAAGAGACGUAAAUCUUUAUAAUGAAUUACAUAAGUACCAUGCUGAAACCACUUCUGCUGCUUCUUUUGCAUCCCAAAGCAUAAACUUAAAUCGUCUCAGAAGGACAAGGUGCGCCAGUUUAUGGCAUUUACCCAGGCUGGGGAAAGGACUGCAAUAUACUGUUUAACACAGAAUGACUGGAAACUAGAACUGGCAACAGACAACUACUUCCAGAAUACAGCCUUGUACUGCAAAGAGUCAAUGAAAAGUACAGUAGACAAAAAGAAGCUAGAGCAAUUGUAUAAUCGCUACAAAGAUCCUCAAGAUGAAAAUAAAAUAGGAAUAGAUGGAAUCCAGUUGUUCUGCGAUGACUUGCAUUUGGAUCCAGCGAGUACCAGUGUGUUGGUCAUCGCAUGGAAGCUCAGAGCUGCUACACAAUGUGAAUUUAGUAAAAAAGAAUUCAUAGACGGCAUGACAGAACUUGGGUGCGACAGUACAGACAAGCUAAGGGCCCAGCUUCCUAGACUAGAACAAGAGCUCAAAGACCCUCUCAAGUUUAAAGACUUCUAUCAGUUUACAUUUAAUUUUGCAAAAAAUCCUGGACAAAAAGGGCUUGAUUUAGAUAUGGCAAUUGCAUACUGGAAUUUAGUAUUGUCGGGAAGGUUCAAAUUUCUAGAACUCUGGAAUACAUUUUUGUUGGAGCACCAUAAGAGGUCAAUCCCAAAAGACACGUGGAACCUACUAUUGGAUUUUGGUAACAUAAUUGCAGAUGACAUGUCCAACUAUGAUGAAGAAGGGGCAUGGCCUGUUCUUAUAGAUGAUUUUGUGGAGUAUGCAAGACCAUUAGUGACGAGUGGAAAGCGUAAACCUCUUUAACCAUAGACUUAAAAAGAACUAGUGAUGCUUUUUGCCAUUUCAUUAGAUAAUGAAGACUGUUUUUGGCCAAUAACUGAGCGGCAGAGUCACCUGGACACAUGGACAUGGAAAAUGCUACUGUCUGACUUCUGCCUUGGAACAUUGUGGUGGACAGCCCUUGGACGAGACAAUAAAUGGAGGAACUUGCUGGCAGAGGGAGCACUGGCUGUUGUAGGAUGCUGGCUUCAUAUCUUAUAUUGGUUGUAUCAUAUAGGAUGUAGAGAUUGCAUGAUUUUAUACGUUGGAUCUAUUGAAAUAGAGGCCAUUUUAUUAAAGGAAAUGAGAGGAAAAAGACAUUUAAAAGCAUGCCAUUCAGUUUACGAGCCAGAAUAAACACCAGCAGUUAUCGAACAGCUGUAUUAUAUUGUAUCUAUAUAAAAAGCAGUAUUUGUGUUAUAAAUUAAAUCUUUAAUGGAACCUUA